AUAUAUAAUAUGUAUAUUACGUCGUAACGAUUCGCUGCGAUAAAUAUGGAACUAUAUUAACGGGCAUAUAUUUGUCAGCCGUUUUUAUUUUCUCGUGUCAUCCUAGUAAUGUAUAGCGUGUUGCUCAAGCACAAAUACAAUUUUUCUAUAAUGAGCGAAGUUAAGCAAAGCAGUUUCUCCUGCUAUUUUGCUUGCUAAUUUUUUUCCUUGUUUGCAAUUCCCUUUAUAUAUAAUUUAUUUGGUUCAUAAUUUGAACUACUUCUAAACCUGUACGGAUAUGCAAAAUGGUAGAGGUAACUUUUAGCGAGUCGAGUGAGGAUACAUAUCUGGAAUCGGCAAAAAAAGCAGCUCUACGUUUUAGGAGGCAAAAUGAGAAUGCGUCAAAAGCGGGGGGAAUCAUCCGCGAUAAAAUAGGCACCUUUACCCUUUUUAAAGUUCUUAUGUUUUCCCUUCUAAUAUGGAUAAUACGGUGUUCCGGCGAGGACGCGAGCUAUGAAGUCAAGAGUGAUAGGGAAAUCCCAAAAUGGUUAGGCGGCUACAGACUAUUAGCCGAAUCGGAAGUGCAAUUCGAUGCGGUGUUCGAUUUGUAUAAGAAAAACUUUUUAACUAAAAUGGGAUACACUGAUGAGGAUUCAGAAAGAAUCAAAACGACUGUGAAGUCCCAUUUAGAUAAAACAAAAGGCAUGGACAUGGAUCAACAGCGCAGGAAGAAAUUAGGAGAUUGCGAGCGUAUUAUAAAACAGGGUAGUGACAAUAGCAUUUCAGCGUUUUCCAACAAUUUCAGGGAAUUAUCUUAUCCCUAUUUUCUGGUCUUGUGUGCAUUCAUAUUGUAUUCUAAUGAAUAUUACAGGUUUUUUGCAGCCCUAAUGGUUAUACUGAUUUUGAAAUUUGUGAACUUCUCUUGGGAUUUAAAAUAUAUCUUUUCAAGGAUGGCGGAAAGUAUGUGA